CACAGGUGCCCGGCUCACUUCCUGCCGUGAGGUCACAGACCCUUGCCAUUCCGCAUAUCCUGGAGACCAGACCUGGCGACACUGAAGGCCUUCAGGAGAGGGACCUGCUCCUUGGCCAGCGGGACCAUGAUGAUGACCUGGUUAGGGACCCUGCGGAUUGUCUUCCUGCUGUACUGCUGGCGGAAUGCAGACUUGCAGCCAUUCAACACGACCUCAGACUCUGCUGUGGAGGAGGGGAGCCAGGCUGACGCAUCUGAGACUUACCAUGAGCUGCUGGAACACCUGCAGUUCUCCACUGGCAGUGAGGACAAGACUCCCAGCAAUGAAGUCAGCACGGACGAGAGCGCCCACACUGGGGUCACUGCGGAGAGCUACCACGAACCACAGCUGUCUUCCACAGAGAAGAAAAAUUCAAAAGAUGAUCCGUACUACAAGCUGUCUGAUCUGGACAAAAUCCUUCACAACACAGGCCGAUCACCAGGAAACACUUUCCAGUGAAGGCGAAAGCAGACUGAGCUGACACAGGGGUUCAAGCAGUGUGACAUC